AUGGUUCCUCAAAAACAAGCUGAAGAUGCCAUUGUCUCUGGGGGUUUGAACGAGACUGACCAUGAAGAAAAAGAGGAAGAGAGGUUAGAUCAAUCGAUGUUUGGCUUUCAAAGCCUUCUUUGGCAUGGUGGGUCUGCCUACGAUGCUUGGUUCAGCUGUGCUUCAAAUCAAGUAGCACAGGUUCUAUUAACUUUGCCAUACUCUUUCUCUCAAAUGGGCAUGCUUUCAGGAGUGAUAUUACAGAUUUUCUAUGGUCUACUUGGGAGCUGGACUGCUUAUCUGAUCAGUGUUCUCUAUGUUGAGUACAGAACCAGAAAGGAGAAAGAGAAUGUCAGCUUCAAGAACCAUGUCAUACAGUGGUUCGAGGUGCUGGAUGGUUUGUUGGGUCCCUACUGGAAAGCAGUGGGGUUGGCUUUCAAUUGCACUUUCCUCUUAAUGGGGUCUGUAAUACAGCUUAUAGCUUGUGCAAGCAAUAUCUACUACAUAAAUGACCGAUUAGACAAGAGGACAUGGACCUACAUCUUUGGGGCUUGUUGUGCAACUACAGUAUUCAUACCAUCAUUUCACAACUACCGGAUUUGGUCUUUUCUGGGGCUUGGAAUGACCACAUAUACUGCUUGGUAUUUGACCAUUGCAGCCCUUCUUCACGGCCAGGUUGGAGCAGUGACUCACUCUGGACCAACAAAACCGGUAUUAUAUUUCACUGGGGCCACCAAUAUACUCUACACUUUCGGUGGACACGCAGUCACUGUGGAAAUCAUGCAUGCAAUGUGGAAACCUCGGAAAUUCAAGUACAUAUAUUUGCUAGCCACCUUCUAUGUAUUCACCCUAACAAUUCCAUCUGCUGCCUCAGUCUAUUGGGCCUUUGGUGACCAGCUCCUCAACCACGCCAACGCCUUCUCACUCCUUCCGCGGACUGGCUUCCGUGAUGCAGCUGUGAUCCUAAUGCUUAUCCACCAGAUUAUAACGUUCGGAUUUGCUUGCACUCCUUUAUACUUUGUUUGGGAGAAAGUGGUAGGGAUGCAUGACACAAAGAGCAUUUGUUUAAGGGCUCUUGCCAGGUUGCCAGUGGUGAUACCAAUAUGGUUCUUGGCCAUUAUAUUUCCCUUCUUUGGACCUAUCAACUCAGCUGUGGGGGCGCUUUUGGUUAGCUUCACUGUCUACAUCAUCCCUGCUCUUGCUCAUAUGCUCACUUUCCGAAAGGCCUCGGCUCGGCAGAAUGCAGCAGAGAAACCUCCAUUUUUCCUCCCAAGCUGGACUGCCAUGUAUGUAUUGAACGUAUUUAUCAUGGCAUGGGUACUUGUUGUCGGCUUUGGAUUUGGAGGGUGGGCUAGCAUGACCAACUUCAUCAAGCAAGUUGACACUUUCGGCCUCUUUGCCAAGUGCUACCAGUGCAAGCCCCCACCAGAACAUCACUGA